CUGAAGGUGGAGGAGCUAAUGGUGAGGGGGAGGCUGCUAGGCGAUGUCCUCUUGAGUCUCCUCCUCUCACAGCUCCACGUCCACUCAUACACGCACAUGGUCCACAUCUCUUCACUAAGAACAGAUUUGAGACAGAAAGACAACAACGAUGAGACUUGGCUGAAACUCCAGGUUGGAUGUGUACAGACUCUUGUGUGGUUGAUUGUUUGACAUAACAUUCCUGAUUCUUGAUUUUUGUAAUACCCCUGCCUCUUGAGUUGAGUUCAGUAUGGGGGACGCCGACUCCACCAGCUCCAUGCGUCUAAAGCAAGAGAUCUCACUACUACACGGUGUUUGCCUCAUCGUGGGGAACAUGAUUGGCUCGGGCAUCUUUGUUUCUCCCAUUGGUGUUCUGGAGAAAACAGGAUCUUAUGGUUUGUCUCUGGUGGUUUGGGUUAUUGGAGGAAUCUUCUCUGUUUUUGGCGCUUUGUGCUACGCCGAGCUGGGCACAACCAUUUGCAAGUCGGGAGCUAGUUAUGCCUACAUCCUGGAGACCUUUGGGGGCUUCCUUGCAUUCAUCCGUCUGUGGACCUCGCUGAUGAUCGUGGAACCGGCCUGCCAGGCUGUCAUUGCUCUUACUUUUUCUAAUUACCUAGUGAAACCAUUCUUCCCCACCUGCCCAGCACCAAAUGAUGCAGUACGGCUCAUAGCGGCUGUCAUUAUAGGUCUUCUCACCUUUGUGAACUGCAUGAAGGUGAAAUGGGGGGCCAUUCUUCAGGUCAUCUCCACUGUGGCUAAAGUCAUGGCUCUCAUAGUCAUUAUCAUUGCUGGAAUGAUUGUGCUGGCCCAAGGAAAAACAGACAACUUUAGAGAUUCGUUUGAGAACUCUAAACUGGAUCCAGGAAACAUGUCUCUGGCUCUGUACGCCGCUCUGUACUCUUACUCAGGAUGGGACACCCUGAACUUCAUCACAGAGGAGAUUAAAAACCCAGAGAGGAACCUGCCAUUGUCUAUAGCGAUCUCCAUGCCUAUUGUCACAAUAAUCUACAUCCUGACUAAUAUCGCCUAUUAUGCAGUGCUGGACAUGAACACACUGCUACAGAGUGAAGCUGUGGCUGUGACGUUUGCUGACUAUGUGCUGGGAUAUGCUAGCUGGCUCAUCCCGCUGUCUGUGGCCAUCUCCUGUUAUGGAGGCUUAAACUCCUCUAUCAUUGCCGCAUCCAGGCUGUUCUUUGUGGGUUCGCGUGAGGGCCAUUUACCCAAUGUCCUCUGUAUGAUCCAUGUCAAACGCUACACACCAAUCCCAGCCCUGCUGUUUAAUGGUGGCAUGUCACUCAUAUUUCUCUGCGUGAAGGACGUGUUCCAGCUUAUUAAUUACUUCAGUUUUAAUUACUGGUUGUUCAUAGGCCUUUCUAUAGGCAGUCUGAUCUACCUGCGCAUCAAAGCACCUGACCUGCACCGUCCUGUUAAGUUGAGUCUGUUCUUCCCGAUUGUAUACUGCCUGUGCAGUGUGUUUCUGGUGGUUGUACCGCUCUACAGUGACACUGUUAACUCUCUGGUGGGAAUCAUCGUCGCUCUCUCCGGGGCUCCUGUUUAUUACAUAUGUGUGCAUCUCCCGCCCAGCUCCAGACCCGCCUUUCUGGGACACAUGCUCGACACAAUUUCAUUGCAAACACAGAAGCUGUGUUAUUGCUGCGUGGCAGAACCUGGAUUGGACCUGGACGAUCCUCCUGAGGAUCACAAAAAAGAUUAAACAUCGACUCUAAAGGAAGCUAAACCAAGGAAGCCAGAUUACCCAGACUUCUUUGAGAAUAAGGCAACACUCAACCCAGCACCACAUGUCUGCACCUUCCAGUCUUUAGCGUGCAUGGGACGGAGCAAUGAAUGGAGAUUAGGAUUGAAAUAUUCAACUGAGUAAACAACUGAACUCACAAGUGUACACACAGCCCGUGCCUCUGAUCCCUCAGACCUCUGACUGUGUUGAACAUCAAGUUCAGUUCAACAGCUGUUGUGAAUGUGACUAUAAUGUUGUUUUAUUGAAAUCAGGUUUACCUCAUUGUUUAAUUCAUCAAUGUUUAUUUUAUCUGUCCUUCUAUCUUAUAUGAGGCUCUGUAGUAGAGAUGAUCAACUUUUGUCAGGCCUGAUAACUGAAA